CGCAGCCGGGAUGUGAAUGGGAUAACGCAUAGCUCUGCCAAGGCAACUGAAUGAGAGCAACAGCAAGAUGGUGUGCGCCAUGCAGCACAGCCUCCUGCUUUAAUUCUUCACCACAUCGACCGCACUGCUCACACGCUGGCUGCAUUCAUGGAUGGAGAGGCUCGUUCUCAUCACAGCGGUGAUACCGAGGGUCAAUAAACAAAUGUCCACUGUGUGAAUCGGCGCUGUAACGAGUGGAGCGCUCUCGCUGUGUGUAUCCUGUUGAUUCUGCCCACCGUGCGUUUAGAGGAGCUCGCCAGAAGAGAAAGCCCCAGACGAGAAAACCUGGUCGCAGACGCUGCACUGGAUGGCAUUUCUCCGGGGGUUCGUUAGAUAGGACGGCUCAGUGACUUGACUUCUAUUUCUCUUGACUGGAGACCUCUGGAGGGGGGAAACACUGCGCUCCAUUCCGCAGCUUUUCUUUUUUUUUUUUUUUUUUGCUCCUCUCCUUUGUCACAGUAGAGUAGGUCGUGAUUUUUGUAUGCAACAUAACGGGAUUCGUGGUGGGAGCGUUUCCGUUCAUCAAUGUGCAUUGAUGUAGCAGAAAACGUGGAGGAGAUAAGAACCCUUAUCUCAGUACCUGGGACCUGUGGUAAGGAUUUCAUUGAGGACAGUCAGCAACUGGGGGGAUUUCCAUUCUUAUCUAAAUCGGGAAUUACUCAUCCAAACUGGGAUCUAUGAGCGGAAAAGUGGCGAAGCCUAAAGAAGACAAGGAUGCUUCCAAGGUCCAGGAUGACGCUGCCCCAGGUACCCAGGAGUACAUUAUGUUACGGCAGGACUCCAUCCAUUCUGCGGAUAUAAGGAGUAAAGGGUCCCCCUUUCGUGCUAAGUGUCACGAAAUCUUCUGCUGCCCGCUGAAGCAAGUCGUCCACAAAGAGAACGCAGCGCCCGAAGAGCCCCAGCUAAAGGGGAUUGUCACAAAGCUGUACAGUCGACAAGGUUUCCACCUGCAGCUGCAGGCAGAUGGAACCAUUGAUGGAACAAAGGAGGAGGACAGUAGUUACACCAUGUUCAACCUUAUUCCAGUGGGGCUGCGAGUGGUGGCCAUCCAAGGGGUUCAGACCAAACUCUACCUGGCGAUGAACAGUGAGGGAUACUUAUACACAUCAGAACACUUUACAGCAGAGUGUAAAUUCAAGGAGUCGGUGUUUGAGAACUAUUAUGUGACAUACUCCUCCAUGAUAUAUCGGCAGCAGCAGUCGGGCAGGGGCUGGUACCUCGGUCUGAACAAGGAAGGAGAAAUCAUGAAGGGUAAUCAUGUCAAGAAGAACAAGCCAGCAGCCCACUUCCUCCCCAAACCUCUGAAAGUGGCAAUGUACAAAGAGCCAUCUCUCCACGACUUUACAGAGUUCUCCCGCUCUGGCAGCGGCACACCCACCAAGAGCAGGAGUGCCUCAGCGGUCCUUAACGGAGGCAAAGCCGUGAGCCAGAAUGAGUCGACGUAGCCCUGUAGCCAAACCCAGGCCUGGGGCCGAACCACAGAACCUUACCUCUAACAGAGCGUGAAUCCAAGCAGACUUGUUUCUCCGAUCAGCGGUUCAGGACUAGCUACGACAACAAACAACACAUCAAAACCCAGAUACCAUUGAUAAAAAAAAUAAAAAAAACAGUUAGAUAGCAUCUAGGUCAAUCAUCAUCAAAACAGCAUUGAUAGUAAGAAACUUAACAACAGAUAGAUCAUUCUGGAUUUAAAAAAAAAAUAUAAAUGUUUGUUUUGGGCUUGAAAUUUAUUUAUUUAUUGGCCUCUCCAUUUUGGUGAUGAUUGCAUACCAGUUAGCUCAUUCUUAUCUUAUGUUGUUCUUACUUAAUUUCCUGUGGACAGUAAGUUUUCUUAGUCAUGCAGACUCCAAGCACUCAUGCAUCAGUCAGACAGGGACAGGAAGUUAGAAAUGCAGGUGUUCAGGGCAGCCAGUAAUGGUGCUGGUCUACAAGGCUGCAGUAGUAACGUACAAGCCCUGAUGUCUGUCUCAUCCAUGCUUCUGUGAAUACAAAGCCUAUACACUCCCUGGUGUGGCACAGCUUAGUGCUACUGGGACUGUGGCCAGCCAGAUGGUAGCUCUCCUGCGUCCUAGUGCACACGCUCAGAGACUGAGCUCUCUAGCAUGGGAAAAUGAAGCCUAUGUUUAACUGACCUGAAAUAUAAGGGACAGUGUGGCGCUCUUGCUGUUUUUUUUCUUUCUUUUUUUUCAAUUUCUGAGAUGCCACAGCUGCACCUUGGUUUUUGCUAAUUUUCUGAAUUAGCUGAGAGCUUUUUAAUUUGAUAACCAUGUUUGAUUUUUGUCCCCUCGUGUUCUCUUCCCUAGCCAUUGUUCAGUAUUUGUAUCACUGUUCAUUACUGAAAAGGGUUCCAGCAAACCAAAGACGAACGAAACGAACGAAAGAGUGUCCCUUUAAGCCGCUGAAAAACCAAGUCAGUAUAAAGGCGAAGCUGGAUUUUUUUCAAUGUACAUUUUUGAUGAAGGAAAACAAAGAGUUCGUGGAAAACAAGAACGGUGGACAGAGGAAGUUAUUUUAAACUUAACGUUGGAGUUGGUAGCGUGCUUAAUGUUGUGCUUUUUUUGCUGAUAUACUCGAUGACCGAGGAACAAAACAACUAUUCUGUGUCCCCAUUCCCUUCUGUUACCGAUGUGUCACAAUGUCUCUAGCUCUUGUCCUCGUGAUCCGUUUCCUCCCUCUGUGCUAGUGUCAUACUUCGACUCCCCGGCCAUCCUUUUUUGUCGACUUCUAUUGACUGAUAAAGCUCACCAUAGGAAUAUGGUGAAAGUCCCUUCCCAGGAUGCUUGUUAUGUGUUUGAGUAACUUAUUGUUGUGACAAUAUUUUCUAUAUUUAAAAAAAAAAUACUGUGGACUUUUAGGUGGCUCAACAUUUUAUAGGGCACGUCAUAUUUGUAAAAGUGAAAAAAAAAAAAAAAAAAAAAACAACAUAGAAAAACGAACAUCUUCCCUUUCUUGCACAGGGCAUGUACAAACACAAAUAUGUACAAAAUGGACCCUUUUUGUGGGCUAUGUACUCUUCCCUUCAGCUACAUAACUUCUUUCUGGUACAUGCUUCUGGGAGACUUUCCUUUCUUGGUUUCCUCUGAAGGUGGUUUGUAUUAGGUGAACCUAUCUGUUGCAUGGAAGAAAGCAGGGAAAUUCUGGUCUAGAGCUGCAUGAUGUAGGCUAUGUGUAUUAACCCAUGUUGGAUCAUGUGUUCCAAACUACCUGGCUAAAUCUGAUUAAAAAAAAAAAAAACAACAUAUACAGGCAGACACAGCAGCUGUCUGAUAACUUCCAGUUGUUUAUUAUUUGUUGUAUACACAAAAAUGCACUGAAUAAAAUGUUUAUAUUAAGAUAUACUUUUAAAA